GUCCUGCCUCAUUACUAUAGCUCUUCAUUCUCAAGCUUCAGUCCUGAUGCAGGCUGCAAAAAUACUGCCAGUGCUGUUUGGACACGGCUCAUCAUUUCACCACAUUCACCCUGUGCUCUGAUGGAAAAGAACAAGACGGACUCUCAGAGUGUGGACGUGACCGAGUCCAAUGCAGGACUUGUGCUGGAUGAGCCUUCCAGACCUACAUGGGGAAGUAAGCUGCAGUAUAUUCUCGCCCAGGUGGGAUUCUCUGUGGGACUGGGAAAUGUCUGGAGAUUCCCCUACCUGUGCCAUCAGAAUGGGGGUGGAGCUUUCCUUUUUCUUUACCUGAUCCUGCUGGUGGUGAUGGGAAUCCCAUUGUUUUUUCUGGAAUUGGCAGCCGGACAGAGUAUCCGACAGGGCAGUAUUGGAGUCUGGAAACAUAUCAACCCACGGCUUUGUGGGAUUGGGUUUGCGAGCUGUGUGGUUUGUUCCCUUGUCUCCCUCUAUUAUAAUGUCAUCAUCGGCUGGAGUCUAUUUUACUUUGGUCACUCCUUCCAGUAUCCACUGCCCUGGGAAUCCUGUCCCACUCUCGCCAACCAGACAGCAGCAGUCACUGAGUGCCUGGAGAGUUCCGCCACAACUUAUUUCUGGUACCGUGAGGCCUUGAACAUAACUGACUCUAUCAGUGUCAGUGGAGGGCUGGAUGCCACCAUGACAGGUUGCCUGCUCGCUGCCUGGGUUAUUGUGUGUCUCGCCAUGAUCAAAGGAAUCAAAUCCUCUGGGAAGGUGAUGUACUUCAGCUCCAUCUUCCCAUACGUGGUGCUUUUCUGUUUCCUCAUUCGAGGUCUCCUUCUGGAAGGUUCCAUAGAUGGAAUUCGCUACAUGUUUACUCCUAAGGUUGAGAUCUUGAUCGAUACCCAAGUAUGGCGACAAGCUGCUACCCAAGUGUUCUUUGCCCUGGGCCUAGGCUUUGGAAGUGUUAUUGCUUAUUCCAGCUACAAUACCCGCACCAAUAAUUGCCAUUUUGAUGCUUUCCUUGUCUCCUUCAUCAACUUCCUGACAUCUGUGUUUGCUACGUUAGUUGUUUUUGCGGUGCUAGGAUUCCGGGCUAACGUACUCACUCAGAAAUGUGUGGCAAGGAACAGCCUCAGAGUGAUUGACCUGAUUGAUAAUGGAGUUUUGAACAGGAGUUUAAUUCCAGAAUCUCUCAACUUUUCGACUGUAUCAAAUCAGCAAUACAGAGAGUGGUUUGACUCGGUGAGAUCAGUAUUAAUCCCUCAUCAUAUCCAACAAUGCAAACUCGAACAAGAAAUGCAAAAGGGUGUCGAGGGAACAGGCCUCGCCUUCAUCGCUUUCACAGAAACUAUCACACACUUCCCUGCCUCACCAUUUUGGUCUAUCCUGUUUUUUCUAAUGUUGCUAAAUUUGGGUAUGAGCACAAUGUUUGGAAACAUGCAAGGAAUUCUCACUCCCCUGCUUGACAACUUCUCCUGUCUGGCUAGGAGGAAGUCCAUUUUCACAGUGGUCUGCUGCAUACUGGGGUUUGUUAUUGGAAUGAUAUUUACACAGCGUUCUGGAAACUAUUUUGUGACCAUGUUUGAUGAUUACUCUGCGACACUGCCUCUGAUCGUAGUGGUUCUGUUUGAGCUGAUUGCUGUGGCGUGGGUCUACGGAGCUGACAGGUUUAUAGAUGAUAUCCAGGCUAUGAUUGGUCACCGUCCUGUUGUUCUAUACAAGUACCUGUGGAAGUUUGUAUGUCCCAGCAUAAUGGUUGCUCUGCUGUUGGCUAGUCUGAUUCGCAUGUGCAUCAAGCAUCCACAAUAUCAAUCAUGGAACCAAGAGAAGGCAGAGGAGAUACUGCUGGACUACCCUGGUUGGGCAUUAGCCAUGAUGAUCCUCCUGAUCAUCUUCGCUUGUCUGCCCAUCCCCCUCAUGUACAUCCAGUACAUGGUGCAGGACAGGCUGAAUAGAAACACGGCCUACACAGAGUGUGUCUACAUCAGGGGCGAUGAAGAUAAUGAACCCACCCUCCCUGUGAAUGGGAAUGAGGAAGUGGAACCUGGGAGAAAUGGCUAUCUGAAGGUUGAGACUGACGAGGAAGGGCUGGAAAGAGCAGAGCUGCUGGCAGAAGAGGAGGACGCACUUGAAAUGGAUGACAUGUCACAUGACAAAAAAGAUGAAUUGAGUAUCAAAGCCUAGUAACUCCCAUGGAGUUCAUUUGCCCAUUUUAGAUACUAUCCUUGAGCCUUCAAUAUUUUUAAAAAACAAAAAUAUGCUGCAAACAUUUUUAACAACUAACUACAAGAGCAAACUCUGUCUUUUAAUGAGGUGCUCAUCUGUCUGAGUGGGUGCUAAUUUUUCUAAAGUACGUAAUGGAACACUGGCUUGUUUGACAAGCUCUGGUUAUACUGAAAUUUGCGACCUGAAAUCACCAAACUGGAAUUAAUUUGAAUUUUUAAAAAUUCACCAACAAUGCAAAAAAUCCUGAUGAAGAAUUCACAAGUUAUCAGAAAGGAAAUAGUAUUAACUCUCAAUCAGUUGGGAGUUACGUGUGAAAUGGGGCUGGGGUGUGAAGUGGGGAGAUAGAUGUUUGGGAUAGGGAUUGUGAGUAACGAUUGGGAGUAACUGGGCAGUUGGGAAUGAGAUGGGGUGGGUGGGAAGGUUAUAGCAACACUUCAACGUGGGAGCCUACCUGAUCAAGUAUUCAGACAGUCGGCUGGGACACUUGAGCAAAAUGUAUUGAUCUCAGCAAAAGAAAACAUCUGCCUUAUGCGACCAAGAAGAUGCAGGCAAGGCUCUGGGUACCAGCCACGGAGAGAAACAGAACAUUGAGAGUCGAAGAGAGCAGCAAGUUUCCAUGUAGUUCUAGAUCUCACGGCAGCAUAACUGGGAGCAUUGCCAAGGGUGAUUCAACGUACUGAGCAGAAUUCUGGGCUCCCAUUAACCUCGUGCUUGUCUGUACCUCUCUAACUGUGAUAUUGAUGUGGAGGUGCCAGGGUUGGACUGGGGUUGACAAAGUCAGAGGUCAUACAACACCAGGUUAUAGUCCAACAUGUUUGUUUGAAAUCACAAGCUUUCGGAGCACUGCUGCUUCGUCAGGUGAAGUCACAACCCUCUGGUCCUGAAGGAAAUGCUGUUGUGAUAGUAGAUGCAUUAUUUGAAAUCUUCCAAACUACCCUAGAUUCUGGAAAAGUCCCAGCCAAUUGGAAAACCCCACAUGAAGGAUCUCCUUGCAUUGGAAGCAGUUCAGAAAAAGCUCACUUGGCUAAUUCCUGGAUGAAGAUUCCACAAUAGGAGUAAUAUUGGACUCAAAAAGAUUAACUCAGUUUGUCUGCACAGAUGUUGCCAGACCUGCUGAGGUCUUCUGCACUUUGCUUUUAUUACAGGGAUUGAAAGAGUUAUCUUUUGAGAAAAGAUGAGUAAUUUGGAAUUGGUAGGUUCAUUGGAGUUUAAAAGACCUGAGAGAUGAUACUAUCAGAAUAUAUAAAAUCCUUAGGGAACUUGAUAAGGCGGAUGCUGAAGGAUGUUUCUUGUGGGGAGUCUACAAUGAGGGGACACAGUUUCAACAUAACUUAUCUCCCAUUUAUGAUGGAGAUUAAAAAAUAAAUUUCUUCUAAGUUGUUGGUCUUUGGAAUUCUUCUUGCUAGAAAGCAGUGAAGGCUAGAUGAUGUGUAUAUUCAAGGCUGAGUUAGAAAGAUUUUUGAUUGACAGGGGGCUCAAAUGGAUGGAGGGGGAUUGUUACCGAGAGGAGAAUUAACGGCAUAAUCAAAUCAGCAAUGAUAAAAUUGAAUGACAGAGCAGGCUGGAGGGCUAAAUGACCUAUUCCUGCUCCUAAUUCUUAGAUCUUAUUCUUCCAAGUGAAUGUUUGGGUGGAAGUGAGAUGGCCGUGUUGGUUGGGAGUUGGCUGAUGGUUUAUGAGCACUGUCUCAGUUUUAGUCUUCCAGGUGUAGUCCACUGAAGGUGGUCAGGGAUUGUUGGCUCAAACAGCUGACCUCUUUUCUCUCUCGCAGAUUGCCCUUGUUGGGUAGAAGGUUAUAACACCAGUUUCAGUGUUUAAUUGGGUAUCAGCUUUCCAUGUGUUGAUGUACAUAUAACAGACUCUCCAUAGAGGAAAUUGCCUUUGUCUUUGAAAUGUUGUCAUUAUGAUGCCAAUAAAGGGGGCUGCUCACCCAGUUAAGUGGGGAGUAUUCCAUCACAAUCCUGACUCAUACUUUGUCGAUUGUGGACAGGCUUUGGGAGUCCACAGUAUUUAAUUAGCUAGUUCAGUCCAGUUCCUAGUCAAUGAUAGCCCCCAAGAUGUUGAUUCCGGGAGUCAAUCCUGAUAGUUUUUUUUUCCUUUUUUUUCAUUCAAGGGAUGAGGGCAUCACUGGCUAUGCCAGCAUUUAUUGCCCAUCCCUAAUUGCCCAGAGGACAGUUCAGAGUCAACCACAUUGCUGUGGGUCUGGAGUCACAUGUAGGCCAGACCAGGUAAGGAUGGCAGCUUCCUUCUCUAAAGGAUAUUAGUGAGCCACAUGGGUUUUUCCAAUGGAUUCAUGGUUGUCAAUAGAUUCUUAAUUCUAGAUAUUUAUUGAAUUCAAAUUCCACCAUCUGCCAUGGCAGCAUUCGAACCUGGGUACCCAGAAUGUUAGAUAACAAGGUGUAGAGCUGGAUGAACACGGCAGGCCAAGCAGCAUCAGAGGAGCAGGAAGGCUGACGUUUCAGGCCUAGACCCUUCUUCAGAAAAAAAAACCAGAAUGUUAUCUGUGUCUCUGGAUUAACAAUCCAAUGAUAAUACCACUGGGCCAUCACUUCCCCUUAGUGAUAGUAAUACUGUUGAAAGUCAUGGAGAGAAAGUUGGAUUCUCUCUGUUUGGAGAUGGUCAUUGCCUGGCACUUGUGUGGCACAAAUGUUACUUGCCAUUUAUCAGCCUAAGCCUGAAUGUUAUCUCGGUCUUGCUGCAUUUGUGAAUAACUUGCUUCAAUAUGUGAGGAACUGCAAUUGGCAUAAAGCAUCAGCAAGCAUUACCACUUCUGACUUCAUGAUAGAGGAAAGGUAAUUGAGGUUAGAUUGGAAAGACAGGGCUUGUUUGUACUGGUGUUUAGAAGAGUGAGAGUUGAUUUGAUUCAAAUGUAGAAGAUCCUGAAUGGUCUUGACAAGGUUGAUGUGGAAAAAACAUUUCCUCUUGUGAGUGAGUCAAGAACCAGGGGACACAGCUUUAAAAUCAGGGUCUUUCUGGACAAAAAUGAGGGGAAUUUUUUCUCUGAGGGUUGUGUGUCUUGAGGACUCUGCCUUAAAAGGUGGUGCAAGUGGAUACUUUUAAGGUGGAGGUGAUUGAUUCUUGAGAACAACAGAAUUGGAGGUUAUCCGGGCAGAUGGGAAUGUAGAAUUCAAGACACAAACAGAUCAGUCAUGAUUCUGAUGAAUGGUGGAGCAAGUUUGAAAAUCGAACAAGAUCCUUCUGCUUCUAUUUCAUGUGUUUGAAGCAGCUGAAGAAAGCCUAGGACACUACGUGAGGAAUUCCCACUGUGAUGUCCUUGGACUGAGAUGAUGUAGCCUACAAAAUGAGAAUCAUCUUCCUUUGUGCCAGUAUGACUCCAGGAUGUUUAGAAUUUUCCCCAGAUUCCUAUACACUUUUUUUUAGGACUCCUUGAUGACUUCAGUCAGCAUUUGACUAAUUGUGCCAAAGGUGGUCAUACUCGCCUCAAUUCUGGCAUUUAGCUCUUUUGCCCUCGUUUUGGCCAAAGCUGUAAUUAAGUCAGGAGCUGAGUAAUUCUGGCAGAAUCCAAACUGAGCAUCAGUGAGCAGGUUAUUGCUGAGUACCUGCUAUCUGAUGGCAGUGUCAAUUUCCUGAUGAACAAGAGUAGACAGAGAGCAGUAAUUGGCUGAGUUGGGCAUUCCUGGCUAAUUUUCCACAUAGUUGGUUAGCUGCCAGUGUUGUUGCUGUACUGGAACAGCUUGGAUAGGGGUGUAGCUAUUUCUGUAGCACAAGUCUUCAGUACUGUUCCUGGCAUGUUGUCAGGGCCCAUAGCUUUUGUAGCAUCUAUUGCCUUCAGCCUUUUCUUGAUAUCACCUGAAUUAAACUGAAUUGGUUAAAGAUGACACCUAUGAUGCUGGAGACCUCAGCAGCAGGUUGAGAUGGAUAAACUACUCGACAUUUCUGACUGAAGAUUAUUGCAAAUGCUUCAGCUUUUUCUUUUGCAUUGACGUUAUAGGCUCCCUAAUCAUUGAGAAAGGGGAUAUUUUUAGAGCCUUCUCCAGUGAGUUGUUUCAUUGUCUACUAUCAUUCACAACUAUAUAUGGCAGGAAUAGUAGGAGCUGCCGAUGCUGGAGAAUCUGAGAUAACAAGGUGUAGAGCUGGAUGAAUACAGCAGGCCAAGCAGCAUCAGAGGAGCAGGAAGGCUGACGUUUUGGGCCUAGACCCUUCUUCAGAAAAUCAGGAGAUGCUGGCGCAUUGCUGCGAGUGUGUGUUUCAGGAGUCGCAGGGAGAAACGCUUCUGAAGGAUCUCAAUGUUCUGAACGUAGACAUUGUCACGGUUGGGUCUAGGCCCGAAACGUCAGCUUUCCUACUCCUCUGAUGCUGCUUGGCCUGCUGUGUUCAUCCAGCUCUACACCUUGUUAUCUUAUAUAUGGCAGGACUAAGGAUCUUGGAUCUGAUUCAUUGAUUUUGGAAUUGCUUAGCCUGUCUAUUGCAUGCUGCUUCUGCUUUGUCAUGCAAAUAAGUCCUGUGUUGUAGCUUCACCAGUUUCACACCUCAUGUAUAGGUAUAUCCAGUGCUGCUCCUGGCAUGCCCUCCUACGCUUUUUAUUGAACCAGAGUUAAUCUCAUUGCCUAAAUAAAAGUGAAAUACUGUGUAUACUGGUAAUCUAAAACAAAUGUAGAAAAUAGCAGCGAAACUCAGCUGGUCUGGUAGCAUCUGUGGGGAGAGAUACCCAACAUUACAAGUCUAGAAGGACUUCUUCAGAGCCCAACUGGACUUGAAACAUUAAUGCUUUUUCUCUCCGCAGAUGCUGCUAGACCUGCUGAGUUUCCACAGUAUUUUGUUUCAAUCCCACAGUUUGAUGCAUUGGUAGAGUUGGGGAUAUGCUGGGCCAUGAAGUUACAGACUGUGGAAGAGCAUAAUUCUGCUGAUGCUGAUAGCCCACAGUACCUCAUAAAUGCCCAACAUUGAGUUGCUAGAUCUGUUUAGAAUCAUUCCCAUUUAGCAUGGUAGUGCCACACAACACAAUGGAGAGUAUCCUAACUGUGAAGACAAGACUUUAACUCCACGAGAACUGGAUGAUGAUCAUGCUCACUGAUACUGUCAUGGACAGAAAGACGUGUAGAUUGGUAAGGAUGAAAUCAAGUAGUUUUUGCACUAUUUGGUUCCCUCGCCACCUGCCAUAGAUCUAGUCAAGCAGCAGUGUCCUUUAGGACUCAAAAGCUCAGAAGGUAGUGUUGCUACUGAGCAACUGUUGGUGACGGACUUUGGACUUCCCCAUCCUAAUUACAUUCUGUGCCCUUGCCACCUUCAGUCAUUUUUCAAUUGGUGUUCAACAUGAAGAAGUACUAAUUAAUCAGUGGUUUACUUUCCCAUCUUUGACCUGAUGCCUUGAGACUUCACGGCGUCCCGACACUAUGCUCAGGGCAAUUCCGUCCCAAUUGUAUACCACUGCCACCACUUUUGGUGAGUUUGUCUUGGCAGGGCAGGACAUAACCAAGGAUGGUGAUGGUGCAAUGUAUGUUAGGUAUCCUUCAGUGUGUUUGACAAAGUAAAAUUAUUGCUUGGUUUUGGACAGAGGGUGCCAUUGUCAUUUCUGAUGUCAAGGUCAAUGCUGAGGAGUCUGUCUAGUUUAUUCUUAUUCAACUUUUCUAAAUAGCUUGAUACAAAUCAAUGUCUUUCUUGGACAAUUCAGAGGGCAGUUAAAGAUAGUCACAUUGCUAUGGGUCUGGUGUCACAUAUAGGCCAGACAGGGCAGGGACAGCAGAUUUUCCUAAAAUACACUAAUGCCCAAUUGGGUUUUUAUAGUUGGGCAGAUCUCCCCUCCAUAGAGAAGCAGAAUAAAAAGCCAGCACUUGUUCAAAUGCAAAUGAACAGUUUGGCUGUCAGACCUCACUGCUGUUUUUUUCAUAGCAGUGGGUUGCUGGGUUUAAUUUCCACAAAAUAAAAGACUGAAAUUAUUCAAUGGGGCACCAUGCCAAAGAGUAAAUUGUCCAAUCUGUCAUAUUCUUCACUGUGACAGAUUUGAAUUUCAUUGUCUGAGAUUUUCAAAAUUUGAGCAUAGGUACAAACAUAAAUUGUGUGUGGUGUGCAUGCAUAAGUGAACGUGUGAUUUUGUGUAUGCACAUCUAUGUAUGUGUUUUCAUGGGUGUACAUUUAUCAUAUUGUUACAAACUUGUAAUAAAGUAUUUCUGUCUCCGAA